AGUCACUCUCUUUUUCUCUCUAUGAAACAACACUGCUUCAACAGUUCUACUUUUUCUUCAUAAGAGAAAUUUCUGUUCUUGAAAUUAAAGUGGCAUUGGAGCUCAGAAGAGAAAGAAAAAGGUGUGUAUUUGUACAUUAAGCAGCAUUGGUGUAAACAAGAGUAGUUCUAUUGGAUGCAAUGAUGAAGAAAGUAGUAUCAUGGUUGUUGUUUUUAUCGAUCGUUGCUUCCUUAUGGGUUGUUGAUGGUUAUAUUGAAUGUCCUUGUGAUGAUAGUGAUGCAUUUUUUAGCAUGGAAACAAUGUUAUUUGUUCAAAAAGCCGGUGAUCUCGGUAUAGCAGUGGCCUAUUUUUCCAUCCCAAUCGAGAUCAUCUACUUCGUUUCCUGUUCUAGUUUUCCGUUCAAAUGGGUGCUCUUUCAAUUCGGAGCAUUCAUUGUACUUUGUGGUUUAACACAUUUUCUCACCUUCUUAACUCAUUUUGGCAAAUACACAUUUCACCUUAUUCUUGCCCUUAUUGUUUGCAAACUACUCACUGCAUUAGUCUCGAUGCUCACCGCUAUAACACUUAUGAAUCUCAUCCCUUUGCUGCUUAAAGCCAAGGCAAGGGAGUUUAUGCUGAGACGAAAGAAUCGUGAGCUUGAUCGAGAAGUUGAAAAAAUAAAACAACAAGAGGAACUUGGACUGCAUGUUAGGAUGCUUACCAAUGAGAUCCGGAAGUCAAUUGAUCGUCAUACAAUACUCUACACAACUCUUGUUGAGCUGUCGAAGUUAUUGAGUUUGCAGAAUUGUGUUAUAUGGAUGCCUAAUGAGAACAGAACCGAGAUGAAACUGACUCAUGAUACUACAAGGGAGAAUGUUUCCAGUGUGUAUAAUGUGCCUAUCCCGAUCAGUGAUCGAGAAGUAAAAGAGAUCAAGGGGAGUGAUGAUGUAAAGAUACUUGGUGCAGGCUCCCGACUUGCUGCUGCAAGCAGUAGAGGGAGUUGUGAGCCAGAAUCUGUGGCUGCUAUUAGGAUUCCAAUGCUGACGGUCUCGAAUUUCAGAGGUGAAACUCGUGAGAUUGUCUCGCAAUGUUAUGCUAUCCUUGUUUUGGUUCAACCUUGUGGACAUGGUAGGUUUUGGCUUAACCAGGAAGUUGAGAUAGUCAGGGCUGCAGCCGAUCAAGUUGCUGUGGCGUUGUCCCAUGCUGCAGUGGUUGAAGAAUCCGAGUAUAUCAAAGACAGGUUGACGGAACAGAAUCAAGCACUGCAGAAAGCAAGAGAGGAAGCUCUUAGAGCAAGUCAAGCUAGGAGUGCAUUUCAGACGGUUAUGAGCCAUCGAUUGAGAAGACCAAUGCACUCAAUUUUGGGUCUGCUCUCGAUGUUGCAGGAACAGAAGUUACGAGAUGAACAACAGCUUCUUGUGCAUUCUAUAAUCAAAUCCAGCAAUGUUGUCUCCACCCUGAUGGAUGAUGUGAUAGUUACUUCGACCAAGGAGAACGUAAAAUUCCCAUUGGAAAUGAAGCAUUUUCAGCUACAUUCCUUGAUACGAGAAGCUGCUUGUACCGCCAAAUCUUUGUGUAUGUAUAAGGGUUACAACAUCACCAUUGAGGUCGAAAAAUCAUUUCCUAAUAAAGUCAUGGGAGACGAAAGAAGAUUUUUUCAAGUUUUGCUUCAUAUAAUUGGAAAUCUUUUGAAUGGCACCCACGGAGGACAUCUUACCUUCAAAGUUCUCUCAGCAAGUGAAAAUGAUGUAAGUUGGAAAACACCGAGAUCGAACUCAUCCAAUGACAUUGUCUAUAUCAAGUUCGAGAUCUGCACAAAAUUUAAUCGAUCUCAGUCAGAGAUCACCCCUGCUACUCCAACAUACUACACUGAGGAGAGUUUAAGCUUUGCUGUUUGCAGGAAGUUGGUUCAUUUGAUGCAAGGAGACAUCUUUAUAAUCCGAAAUUUAGCAGAUUUUGAUCAAGGCAUGGCUGUGAUUGUCGGAUUCCAAAGGCAGCCGUUAAUUCCCUUAGGCAUGUCCGAAUAUGUGGAGUCUUCUAAUCCCACAUAUCCACAUCCUGUUUUACGUGGUGUGAAAGUUCUGUUAGCUGACUAUGAUGAUUCGAAUAGAGCUGUAACAAAGAAGAUGCUCGAGAAAUUGGGAUGCAUCGUUACUUUAGUUUCAUCUGGAUAUGAAUGCCUCGGUGCUGUUGGCCCCGUUGUGUCCUCGUUACAAAUUAUACUUUUGGAUCUUCAUCUGCCUGAUUUAGAUGGCUUUGAAGUUACCAUGAGACUUCGAAAGCAUAGAAGACAGACCUGGCCUUUGAUCAUCGGUUUAGCUGCAAUUACUGAUGAAGAUAUCAGAAAAUGCCUCAAGAUCGGAAUGAAUGGUAUCAUCUGUAAACCAUUGCUCUUAUCAGGACUCGCCGAUGAGCUUCAGAAGGUUCUGCUUCAUGCAAACAGAGGAAUGCCAUGACGGUAACGUUUACCAUAGACUAUAGUAAGUGAUCAGGAAGUCUUUUUAAGGUACAAAUAUGGUAGAUGUAAAAAUAGAAAAAAUAUAAAAAAGUUUCAGCUUUACUUAUGUUAAGUACACACCUUGACUGUUAAAUGGUAUAUAGAUACUUUUAUCUUCUUUGUGUUCAUAUAAAAUCUUAGGUUUACAUCAA